AUGAAGGUGCCGCUGGAAAUAUGGCUGCAGUCACUGUUUGUGAUGAGCUGCGUGAGGCGCGGUGCUAUGAGGAACCCCUUGUCAGUUCAAGGAAUGGAAGCCAGCCAGUCCACGAGACCUGUCAGCAACUUGUUAUUGGAAAGCGUUCACGACUCGCCUCAGCUCACUCAGCUUCUGCAGCACAUCGUAGAGAACUUUUUGAAGGAUUGUGACCUUUGGCUGCUUUAUCCGCCUGGUGAGACUCUGGUGAUCCUACUUGCUGCUAACCUCCAGCUGCAGGAACGACCAAUUCGCACUGUGGCCCUAGAGACGUCUGAAGAAGGCGUAGAAGUGCCUGAGUUGACGAUAACUUCUGCGCCUGCCUGCUCUGCCUACAUCAUCUUUGGAUACAGCGGUGAGUUCCUCCGCUCGCUGGUGGAGUCAUCUGGGUUCGAGUCACAGCUUCACUACCUGGGUCGCUUCAUCUUCGUGACGGGAACAGCAGCAGGGGCGGCGCGGCUCAUCCUCGACAACCCGGUCAUGGCAUGGCGACCUCACGCCCUCGUCAUUAAAGAAUUUCAAGAAGCGAGCGGCGUGAGCUAUGAGGUGUGGAGUCACGAGGUGUUCCGGGGAGACGUGGAGGAGAGGGUGCGUGUGGUGGAGAGGUGGCGUCAGGGCGAGGCUCAGUGGGGCGUCGACCUCUUCCCGGACAAACUGAGUGAUUUCGGAGGUAAUGAGUUGCGGGCGCUCACCUUCCACUAUCCGCCAUCCAUCGUAGAGUCCAACAAGGCCGCAGAGGGGACGCAGACGCAGCGGUUCGAUGGUGUGGAGAUCCGCUUGAUGCAGACGGUGGCAGAGGUUCUCAACUUCCGACUGCAUCUGGCCAAUCCCUCGGACGGUCGCAUGUGGUACGGUAUCUUCGACGACCUGCAGCACCGCCGAGCCUUCAUGGGCGCUGCUAACUUCUUCGUCACCACCAGUGCGCUUCAGGUGGUGGACAUGACGGUACAGCAUGACGUGGAGCCUGGUUGUUUCAUCACGCCGCUUCCCGCCCCGCUGCCACGCCUCGUCGCCCUCGUCUAUCCAUUCACUCCCACGGUGUGGUUGGUGACGGUUGCCUCGCUGGUGUGCGGCACGCUGUUGCUGUUCGGUGUGUCCCUGGCGGCGUACCACUUGUCACGCCGCCACCAACGGAAGCCCAUCACCUACGCAGACUCCCUCUUGUAUGGCGCGGGAAUAUUCGUCGCCGUUGGCAUGCCGAAUGUGCCGCGGAGCAAUGCCACGCGGGGUUACUUCAUCAUGUGGGUGUGGUACGGGGUGCUGCUCACCGCUGUGUACCGCUCCUCCCUCACCGCCUUCCUCACCAUCCCUCUCGCCCAGACGCCCAUCGACACGCUACACCAGCUGGAGGCCUCGGACAUCCCAGCGGUGGGGUCCGUGGGUAUCAAUUUCUUGAGGCAGCUUGAGGCGAGCAGCGACCCAGUGGUGCGCCGCCUGGCCAACCGCUACCAGGCCGUCAGCACUCCCGAGGAAGGACUUGUGCUCACCGCCAAGAGGAAGUACGCCCUCAUGGAGAACCGCCUCUUCCUUGACCACGCCAUCGCCGCCAACUUCACCAACAGGCUGGGCGAGGAGACGCUGCACGUAAUGAGGGAGUGUUUUCAGGCUUACAGGAUCGCAUUAGUGAUGCCAAAAAAAUCCCCCUACAAGCCUAACUUCGAUGCCGUGGUGGUACAGGUAGUGGAGGCUGGUCUGAUCAGACACUGGAACGAGGACAUCCUGCGCAGGAGCCGCCGGGUGAGCACUGAAGAGCCUGAAGACGCCGACAACGAGCGUCAGUUUACCGUGGACGAUUUGCAGGGAGCGUGGCUAAUCCUUGCUCUGGGUUACUUAACCGCCCUUACUGCUUUCCUGGUGGAGCUCGCCAUCUGCCAAUCUCACUCGCCUCGACUCGCGGGUCACCGAACCAAGAUAGACAGCCAGCGUUCGUCAGAUCACAAUAAUUUCCGCAGCACCACUCACGCUGGUUCAGGAAUAUGUGUGUGCUGUUAGAAUACUACUUCGCAGAUGAAAUGAUGCAACACAAGCUUGAAGACUCUCUUGUUUACGUGAUUCAUUGACAUUUUUGAUAGUUUACUAGCUGUAACAGUGGCCCAGGCGCUACAGCAUUACUGGACAUAUGUAUUCUGAAACACUUUGGGCUUUCUUAAGAAUUAUUCAAGAAGGCCACAUUAAUAAGUAGUUCGGUAUCAUGGACGUGUUUCUUUUUAUCCCGAUUAAAAAAAUAAAGAAGAAAAACCUCCACUUAAUUAAGCUGUUGUAUACGUUUAGCAAUUCAAGAAAGGUAACAUGCCAAAAAGUUUAAUAAUAUGAUCCUUGGUGUUUAGUCUAGAAAUAUAAGUUUAAUUCUUUGCGUGUAGUGAACAAUAAUGAUAAUGGGAAGGAUGUGAUGAUGAUGAUGAUGACAAUGACAUUGACGAUGAUGACAAUGACUAUG